CAAAGAAGUAGUAAGUAGGCCCAGUUCUUGCAAUCUACCGACCGUCUUUUGUUUAUCCAGUUUGUUAUCUCGUUGCUCCGAUUACAUUUUUUAGAAUGGCUGACACAGUCAAGUCUGUCGCUGUGCAGGACAUCCGCUUCCCUACUUCCCUGGAGAGUGAUGGAUCUGAUGCUAUGAACAAAGCCCCUGAUUAUUCCUGUCCUUAUGUGACGAUCACAACUGAGUCUGGCUUGCAAGGCUUUGGCAUAUCAUUCACAGUUGGGAGAGGAAACGACAUAGUGUGCAAGGCCAUCGAACUUCUCAGCCACUUGGUCGUCGGUCGUGACAUCAAUGCAAUACUGAAAGACUUUGCUUCCUUCUGGCGAUCUCUUACAAGCGAGGAUCAGAUUAGAUGGCUGGGACCCGAGAAAGGUGUGAUGCACAUGGCUGUGGCCGGGAUUGCUAACGCAGUGUGGGAUUUGUGGGCCCGAAAGGAAAACAAGCCUCUUUGGAAACUGUUGGUUGAUAUGGAACCAGACCAGCUUGUAUCAACAAUAGACUUCCGCUACAUAACUGAUGCCUUGACCAAAGAGGAAGCUCUAGACAUCUUGAAGAGCAUGCAGACUGGCAAAGCUAAAAGAGAGCAAGAGCUAGCAGCCUCUGGUUUCCCAGCGUACACCACUUCCUGUGCCUGGUUGGGGUACAGCGACGAGAAGAUAGAGAGAUUAUGCAAAGAAGCAAUGGCAGAAGGAUUCACAAGGUUUAAGAUGAAGGUUGGCUCAGACCUGGAAGACGACAAAAGACGAGCCAAGAUCUUGAGACAGACGAUGGGACCAGACAACUUGCUGAUGGUGGACGCCAACCAGAAGUGGGAGGUGCCUGAGGCGAUCGACUGGAUGAAGCAGCUGGCGCAGUACAAGAUCACCUGGAUCGAGGAACCCACCUCACCGGACGAUGUUCUGGGACAUGCCGCUAUCUCCAAAGCUCUGCAGCCCCUGGGCAUCGGAGUGGCCACCGGAGAGCAGUGUCAGAACCGGGUCAUGUUCAAACAGUUCCUGGCGUCUGGGGCCAUGCAGUUUUGCCAGAUUGACAGUUGUCGUCUUGGAGGAGUCAGUGAGAAUUUGGCCGUGAUUUUGAUGGCGAAGAAAUUUGGAGUGCCUGUGUGCCCUCAUGGUGGCGGCGUGGGCCUGUGUGAGUACAUCCAACAUCUGUCUGUGUUCGAUUACAUCUCCGUGUCGGGGUCGCUGGACAAUAGGAUGACUGAGUACACAGCCCACCUUCAUGAGCACUUCGUGUCCCCUGCUGAGAUGAAGAAUGGCUGCUACGUGCUGCCUCAGACUCCGGGCUACAGUAUCGAGAUGAAGAGCAGUUCUCUGGCGUCCUACGUGUGGCCCACGGGGCAAGUGUGGCAGAAGCUUAUUCAAGAUGGCGUCUACAAACUCAACUGAGACAGCAACAGCUACACGUGGUUGUGGAUCUGGUCGGAUUUGUGCUACUUAGUUUUGGUUAAUGGACACUAUUCUAGAUUCCAUUUUGCUUAUUUCCCCUUGUCCAACGUCUAUGGAAACUUUUGUGGGUUUCAAAAGCAAAGAUUAUAACUUUUAGAUUCAUAGGUCUGGUCAAAGAUAGUACAUAACAAGAUGGGCCACUCAGCCAAAAAAGUGUCCGCCGGAAGUCCGCUCUUUGCUUCAGAUGGCGCUGCAGUCUGUUUUG